AUGGCUACGCUCGAUAACGAGGCAGACGGCUGGGUCCGAAACGGAAAAGGUAUCUGUGCCACGCCCGCAUGUGACAACGUCGAUGUCAACGUAGUUUCCAUGCUCGUUAUAUUGAAUGUUGGCGGAAAGAAGUUCUAUACCUCGCUCGAGACACUGAGGAAGAACCCGGGUCCUUUAGACAGAAGCAUGCUUGCGGAGAUGGAUUUUAUGGAAGGCGAGGAAGUUUUCAUCGAUAGGGACCCUACUCAUUUUAACUAUAUCCUAAAUUAUCUUCGCGAUGGUACCGUGAGUGUAAAUGGAAGUGGAAGCAUCAGUGCCCAGCUAAAGCGCGAAGCUCAGUUUUAUGGACUCGAGAGCCUUGUGCAGCACAUCGAGUGUCAGUCUCAGCCCACGAUUGUGGAGACUCUCCCAUCCGAAGUUUUCGAAAACCUUACUCCUGAGCAAGUCAUCUCCUCAGAUGAUCAUUUCAAGGAGUAUGAUAAGCUGCGUUCCGCUCCGUUUAGAGGCGUGAUUUGUCGCAAAUUUUGUGGGACCUCUUUUUGGCGACAAUUGUUAUACCCUGAGCUUUACUGGAAACAAGACAUUUUCUUCUUCCGUGAUAGCUUGAUUUCCACAAUGUUUCAUCCGGUCAUACUAAAUCUCCGUGGUGAGAAAUUUCUCCUUAACACAAGGACGCUAAGAAAGUGUCCAGGCGCAAAUGAUUUGAGCAUAUUUCUAUGCAUGGAUCUUCCGUGCUCGGGAGAGUUGUUUCUUGACCGAGACCCCGAACUUUUUGGGCAAAUCGUAUUUUACUUGCAAGACGGAAGACUCAGUAUACGGUACGAUGAACAUCUACUUGCUCUGUUGCAGCAGGAAGCCGAGUACUAUGGCCUCCAUCACCUUGCCGCGAGACUUCGCAACCUUCAACCUUUCGAUGGCGAACUAACCAUAGUUGCUGAUAAAGAACUUGCAAUAUCUGAAGACGCCGUCGCGGAAGAAGGAAUAGCUACACCAUCUGGCUCCUCUGGUAGCGACGAGGAAUUCGUUUUUGAAACACGUGCUUUUCAUGUUUUGGGAAAACGCCGAUGGUGGGAAUGUUAUCUUGAUGGCCCGGAUUGGUUGGAUUAUGGUUGCCGUAGAACUGGUUUUUGUGGCAAUAAAUAUUUGUUGUAUAAAUAA